AACCUCCCCGAUCCCACGAAGUGAAAAGGACUAAAAAUGUCAACCAGUAAUUGUAAUACUAAUCUUCAUUGUGAAAACGACCACGUAAGACUUUCCCUGUUGAUGGCUGAUUUUGUCCGUCUCCCCGACCAAACCAGCCAAUAAUAGUAAUACUAGCCUUCAUUGUGCAGCAAAGAGCUCCAAAAAUGGAAGACCAACAAUAAUAAAUAAGCUGUAUUUAUCUUUCGAACCAUGAAGGUAGACACAAUUAUUCAUCUCUUCUUCCUUCUCUACUUACUUUCCAUUUACCAAAUUUCAUUAGGUGAUACCAUAACAACAACUCAGUUUCUCAAAGAUGGUGAACCCAAUAUUACUUCAUCUGGUGGAAGUUUUCAAAUGGGUUUUUUCAGACCAGGUAAUUCCAAAAAUCGUUAUGUUGGUAUAUGGUAUAGCAACAUUUCUGUCACUACUGUUGUUUGGGUUGCCAAUAGAGAAGCACCUCUGACAACUAAUUCGGGUACCCUAAAAGUUAUCAAACCAGGAAGACUUGUCAUAAUGAAUGAUACUAACCACAUCAUAUGGUCUACGAAUACCUCGAGAUCUGUGCAAAACCCCGUUGCCAAGUUGCUCGAUUCCGGAAAUCUUGUUGUGAAGGACGUUGCUGAUGAUGAAAUUGGGGGUUUUCUUUGGCAGAGUUUUGAUUACCCAACUGAUACCCUUUUGCCCGGUAUGAAAAUUGGGUGGAAUUUUGUGACUGGAAGAGAAGUGUAUUUGUCGUCGUGGAAGAGCGAGGAGGAUCCAGCUCCGGGUGAUUAUACGUACCAUUGUGACCCUUCUGGUUACUUACAGAACAUUUUGAAGAAAGGUUCAAAGGUGAUAUAUAGAUCUGGACCAUGGAAUGGUCUAAGGUUUAGCGGAGCAACAAGUUCAAGACAAAGUCAGUUUUAUACAUUUGGUGUCAUUUCAACUAAAACUGAAGUUUAUUUUAGUUAUCACCUUCUGGCUGCGGUUAUAACAAGGUUUUGUUUGAAUCAGAAUGGUGCGUUACAACGAUGGACGUGGGGUGAUAGGAAUAAAGGUUGGGUACUUUACCUCUCGUUACCAACGGACAACUGUGAUACUUAUAAGUUAUGUGGAGGAUAUGGUAGUUGUAAUAGUUUGAAUUCUCCGGUAUGUGGAUGUUUAGACAAGUUCGAACCUAAACAUGUUGAAGAUUGGGGGAAGGCGGAUUGGUCAAGUGGUUGUGUUAGGAGGACAGGGCUGAAUUGCAUCAAGGGAGAUGUGUUUUUGAAGUAUUCGAAACUUAAAUUACCAGACACGCGGAAUUCAUGGUUUAAUGUGACUAUGAACCUUGAAGAAUGCCGGAAAUUUUGCUUGAGAAAUUGCUCUUGUAUGGCUUACUCAAAUCUUGACAUACGCAAUGGAGGAAGCGGUUGCUUACUGUGGUUUGAAGAUCUGCUUGAUAUUCGACAGCUACCCAACGAAGGACAAGAUAUCUACAUUAGAAUGGCUGCCUCUGAAUUAGCUAGUCAGGAUAAAUCAAAUGGACACAAAGGGAAACUUCUCUCCUGGACUAUCCCAUUAUCAGCUGGAGCGAUUUUGGUAAUCCUAAGCCUAGUGAUCUGGAUUAGAAGAAGGAAGCUAGCUUCAGAGAAAAAGAAAGGAUGUUGGGGGCGCAAUGGCAAUUACAAGAUGGAUUACCACAGUGAAGAAUAUGAGUUACCACUGUUUGACUUAUCUACUAUAGCUAAAUCUACAAACAACUUUUCAGUAGUGAGUAAAAUUGGAGAGGGUGGAUAUGGACCUGUUUACAAGGGUGUGCUUGAACAAGGACAGGAAAUAGCUGUGAAGCGGCUAUCAAGGACUUCCACACAAGGACAAGAUGAGUUCAUGAAUGAAGUGAUGUAUAUUGUGAAACUUCAACAUAGAAAUCUGGUGAAGAUUCUCGGAUGCUGCAUCGAAGGAGAAGAAAAAAUGUUGAUCUAUGAGUACAUGCCAAAUGGAAGUCUUGAUUCAUUUAUAUUUGCAGAUGACACACGAAGCAGGGUAUUAGACUGGCCUAAGCGCUUUCACAUAAUCAAUGGGAUUGCUCGGGGACUUAUGUAUCUGCAUCAAGAUUCUCAGUUGAGGAUCAUUCACAGGGACCUGAAAGCUAACAACGUUUUACUUGACAAUGACAUGAAUCCAAAGAUAUCAGACUUCGGUAUAGCAAGAAGUUGUGAAGACGACAAGUUUGGAGCCAAGACACACCGAGUAGUUGGAACAUAUGGCUACCUCUCACCGGAAUAUGCUGUACAUGGUGUCUACUCAGUGAAGUCAGAUGUAUUUAGCUAUGGAGUCUUAGUGCUUGAAAUUGUGAGUGGGAAAGGGAACAGAAAAUUCUCUCAUCCGGACCAUAACCUUAACCUCCUUGGACAUGCAUGGAAACUCUAUAAAGAAGGUAGAUCAAUGGAAUUACUCGGGGACUUCCCCAUUGAUGUUCAUUCUACACCUGAAGUUAUACGAUUAAUCCAUGUUGGUCUAUUGUGUGUUCAACAUCAUCCAGAAGAUCGUCCAACUAUGUCUUCAGUGGUUAUGAUGUUAAACAAUGAAGGUGUACUACCACCUGCUAAACAACCAGGUUUCUUCGUAGAAACAAAUACACCGGAUAAUGAACAUAGUACAGGGAAUGAGAUCACCAUCACAACAUUAGAUGCCAGAUAGAAAAUACCAGUUAAUUCUUCAUUGCAAAUACCAAUAUCUUAUACCCUUAAUUCUUUUGUUCUUUUUAGCAAUGUAGCUAACCUUGCAUAGCGAAAGUUCCCGAGCUGCUCAAGAAGAGUGCAGUCAUCUUCUUGUAACACGGUGCAAAAACUGCUACAUGUGUUAACACAUUGUCUAUAUCUCCUGAGAAUCUUGUCAUUUGGUGGAACAGAAGAAACCUUACCUCGACGUGACUGAUAAUUCAUUGAACUGGAAACCGGAGUCAAUUUUGAUGAAUAUAUCGAAGAAAGAUCCUAUAUAUGUCGUACAAUGAACUGUUCUUGGAAUCAAUCUCUAACCAUAAA